AUGCCCCAAUUCGCCGCGACCUUCGUCCCGAGUGGUACCGAUGACUACUACAUGCCGGAGGUCGUUGCGCCUGCACCUCAGCGCGUGACGCCUCAGGUUCCUCAGAACAUGCAGGACGAUCUCCAACGAAUGGAACUCGAAGCCCGCGGAAACACGUCCCGUCCUGCCGCAAACGCAGACGACAUCACUUCACCGACGAGCGUCUACAGCGAUCAAUUCGAGGGCCAGUCCCGAUCUUCUACCCUUGCCACCAACUCCUCCAAAGGCGACAGCACUCCCACCAUGGCGAGCUCCAGCGAUGCCCCUUCCUUCUCGCCUUUUCCCAGGGUGAAGGGAGACAACAUCCCACCGAGCGACGACGAAAAGGAAGAAAUCUUGUGGAACGCCAGGGAGCACGUCCUGCAUUCGAACAAUGUCUCGAUGCAACUCGCCUGGGCCCGUGAUACACUUGCGUGGAUCGACAUCGUGCAGGAGGCCGCGGCGAGGAAUUCGGACGGCCAACCCCGGCCACAAACCCCGCAUGUCGAGCACACCUUGCGCGUAGAUGCCAUCAACAUUGUCGAGUACCUCGCUUCCCAGGAACAUCCGGAAGCCCUCUUCAUGAAGGCAAAGUGGCACGAAUUUGGCAAGUUUGGCGUCCGGCAGGACAAGAAGGAGGCGUACGCCGGCUACAAGCGAGCGGCUGGUCUCGGGUACGGGCGCGCCGAGUAUCGCAUGGGUAUGCUCUUUGAGAGCUCCAACGACUUCAACAAGGCCAUCGAGCACUAUUUCGUCGGCCUCCGCAGUAAGGACUCGGCCGCCGCCUAUCGUCUCGGUAUGAUGAGCCUGCUCGGCCAACAUGGCCAGCCCAAGGACUUCCAGCGCGGUCUGCAGCUCAUCAACGAGGCCGCCGACACGGCCGACGAGGAUGCCCCCCAAGGCGCGUACGUCUUCGGCCUCCUGCUGUCGAGGGAGUUGCCCGAAAUCAGCGUCCCCGAUGCCUUCCUGCCUGUUGACCUGGCUAUGGCCAAGAUGUAUCUCGAAAAGGCGGCGUACCUCGGCUUUGCCAAGGCGCAGCUGAAGAUGGGCCAGGCCUAUGAGCUGUGCCAGCUUGGCUGCGAUUUCAACCCGGCCUACUCGAUUCACUACUACGGCCUUGCGGCCAAGCAAGGUCAACCCGAGGCGUCCCUCGGCGUCAGCCGCUGGUUCCUCUUCGGGUACGAGGGCGUGUUUCACAAGAACGAGCAGCUGGCUUUCAAGUACGCCCGGGAGGCCGCCGCCGCCAAGCUGCCCACGGGCGAGUUCGCUAUGGGCUACUACCACGAAAUCGGCAUCAGCGUCUCCAAGGAUCUGCGCCAGGCCGCCUACUGGUACGAGCUUGCUGCCGAGCAUGGCAACAAGGAUGCCGUUGGCCGCCUGGAGUCGCUCAAGGACUCCAAGAGUCUGACGAAGAAAGAUCACGAGACGACCACACUGACGAGGAUCAAGUCGACGCACGGCUCGCAGCGCGGCAAGAGACCGGAGCGCCUGAAGCAAUCCAAGGCCAUGCCGACCUUGACCGAAAGCGGCCCGACGACGCCCGUAGACAGGCAACCGUCGCCGAGAGUGUCCCCUCACCCUUCGCCGAGGCACCAGCCGACCGUCGUCCAGGACAAUGUCCAUCUUCCCGACCCAUCGCGUGCCUCGGUACAGGGUCGGCCCGCGUUCGGGCUGAACGUCGAAGCCAAUCUCGCGGUGCGACCCAAGUCGGCUGCCCCUUACCCUCAGGAUGACCGGCCCGCGCCUCUCCACGGCGGCCGGUCCCAGUCGACAGCUCCUUAUCCGGAGGACGAUGUCGCCUCAGGACGUGGCGGCCUGCGUCCGUACGGACCGCAAGCCGACCGACCGUCGAGUGCAUUUGGAAUCCGGCCGCUGAGUUCGGGUGGAGGGGGUAACGGUCGUGGGCCUUACCCGAACGACGGCGUUCGUCCGUCUCAGUCGAUGGCCAAUCUUGCCCCGACUGGACCCGAUCCCCGCGGCCGUAUGUCCCAAGGACCCGGAGGGUAUAGGCAACCCAGUCCUGGGCCGGGCUAUCCCCGUCAGGAUGUUCCAAGGCCGGCCACUGCGCAGCCCUACGCCGGACCAGGCGGGCCAGGUGGUCCUGCUGGCCACCCCGCAUCGAACAAGCUGCAGAAGCCGGGCCCGGGCGGAUAUGGUCGACCCCAUCCUGGAGGCCCCGGUCCUCAUGGGCCGGGGCCCGGGCCAGGCUAUGGACAGCCGCCGCGCGAGUCGGCGCAAUCGACGCCACCAGGACAGCCUGGUCGGGACUAUGGCCCACGACCCGGAUCUCGGCCUGGACCUGGACCUGGACCUGGACCUGGGCAUGGGCCUGGGCCUGGGCCUGGUCUUCCCAGCUCAGUCAGGCCGGAUCGGUACGAUUCCAUGCCGGCAAGCACAGGACCCCGGCCUGCGAGUGCUCGGCCAGAGCCAGUCGUUGGUCCUGGUCGAAUGAACAGUGCGCCGCCCAGUGGACAGCCCCCACCCAAGCCAGGUAAACAAGGUCCUUCUACUUUCGAAGAGAUGGGCAUUCCCCAGGGCAAGGCCGACGAUCAAUGUGUAAGUGCAUUGGCCAGACUACGAUGUUUGUGA